CAGACCAUGAUAGGAGUAUACCAAUCAGUCAAAGCUGGGUAAGGGGGCCAUAUAAGGACCUGAAAGAUAAAUAAAAUAAAAUAAAGUAUCCUCCAAUCAAAACAGUGGCUGGAAUAUUCUCAAAAGAAAAAAACUUAGCUUUAGGUAAAGAUCCAAAUUUUAGAUGGGUCAAUCAAUGCAUAUGGUCGACUGGGUAGACAUGCCAACCCAAGAAAAGAAGAAACAAGACCAGCAGGGGCUCACGAAGCUGUCCACAGAAGGGUGGUAGAUGGUGUGCAGCCCUUAGAAAAGCAUCAACAAGGGCUGAUACGGACAGAGAGGGUGUCGGAAGUGCCAAACAACAGAGAGACUGUCGUAGAUGGUGAGCGACCCUUAGAGAAGCAUCAGCAAGGGCCGACGCUGACAGAGUGGUUGUCGGAAGGUGCUGGGUGGUCUCCGGCUGUGGUUAGAAGCUGUUGUGAGCCCUAGAAAGAUGAGAGAUGGGCCAAAACAGGGUGGGUAAUGAUCGGCUGCAGAUGGGUGAUGAUGGAAGGUUUGAUGAGCCUUUUGAGGAAGUUGUCUAUCCCAAGGGUGAUGCUGAUGCUGUUUCCAUUAGUAAGAGAGAUGUUGAUCUAUUACAGCCAGACACAUUUGUCAAUGAUACAAUCAUUGAUUUCUACAUCAAAUAUUUGAAGAAUGAAAUGCAACCUCAGGAGAGGCAAAGAUUCCAUUUUUUUAACAGUUUCUUCUUUCGGAAGCUGAUUGACCUUGAUAAAGAUCCAUCUAGUGCUUUUGAAGGCAGGGCUGCGUUUCAGCGUGUUCGUAAAUGGACAAGAAAAGUGAAUCUAUUUGAAAAGGAUUAUGUCUUCAUUCCUGUAAACUUUAAUUAUCACUGGAGCUUAAUCGUAAUAUGUCAUCCUGGUGAAAUCUCUAAGUUUCAAGAUGUAGACAUGGAGAAGUCACUUAAAGUGCCAUGCAUAUUGCAUAUGGAUUCUAUCAAGGGAACUCAUACAGGCCUGAAAGAUCUUGUUCAGAGUUACCUAUGGGAGGAGUGGAAAGAGAGGCAAAAGGAGGCAUCUGAAGAUUUCUCCUCAAAAUUUUUUAAUUUGAGAUUUGUCCCACUUGAGCUACCACAGCAGCAAAAUUCAUUUGAUUGUGGUCUCUUCUUGCUCCACUAUGUGGAACGCUUUUUGGGGGAUGCUCCUCUUAACUUCAGCCCUUUCAAAAUAACAAAGUUCUCCAACUUUCUUAACAUGGAUUGGUUUCCGCCUGCUGAGCCUUCUCUCAAACGUGUUCACAUCCAGAGGCUUAUCUGCGAAAUCCUUGAAAGGGAAAACCCUCCAGCUGCUUGCCGCGGCGAGCCUUGUGCCUCUGACUACCCUGAAAGUAAAAAUGAGAUUGAAGCCGGUGUGGAUUUUACUUCAGAGAGACACAUUCAUUUAAAGAGUUGUCAUGGGAAUUUAUCAAGCUCUCAAGCUAGUCAGGGGAUUGAAUUAACUUUAUUGCCAUCUUCUUCGUUCAAGAGUUCUGAAUUUACUAGUGAUUCAGGCUCAGUUUUAAGGGAGUUUUUGGAGGCAGGAGCCACUGCAUCUGCAUUAGCAUUUCUUAAUGGACAAUACCCAACUUUUGAACGAACGCCAUCUUUUAGUGAGUUUAAAGGUGCUAUGUCAUCAAUUGAGGAAGAUGUAGAACCUGGCAAGCAAUUCGUCUAUUCACCAUCAAACAGAACCGGUUUUCGGGAAUUAAAUGGAAUCACCCCCGAAGGUUGUGUUUUUACCUAUUCAUCCAGAGAUUUUGGAGCAGAGACUUCCUGGAACCUGGGAAUCUCUGUUCACCAAGCUGGGCAUGAAGAUAUUGACGCAUCGCCAGCAACAUCAAUUUGUGCCUCUGAUGAUUCCUUAGAAGUCAAGAUCAACCAAAACAACAUAGAUCAGGAAGAUGAAGAUCUUAGUAAAGAGAGAAUAGCUCAACCAAGAUCUCCAUCAACAGAAAACGUUGUGUGUCUGACUGAAAACUUUGCCUCUGUUCCUAGUGAUGUGGUUGAAAAUUCUCAGUACUCCGAUCAUGAUGCUGACGGUAAUGAUGAUGAUCUUAUCUCUUGUCCAUAUAAUCUUCCUGGAUUGUCAAAUCAAGAAAAUGGGAAUGGUGCGUGUUUGAUUGGAGAUAGUUCAGUGCCCGAAUCAGAUGAACAGAAGGUUUUAGAAAGAACCGGCAAUGAUUCAGUGCUAGAGUCAGAUGAGCAACAGGCUGGAAAAAGGAUUGGUGAUGAUUCGGAGUUGGGGUUAGAUGAGCUUCAGCCGGUUAAAAGACUGAAACUGACACUACCCUUAGAAGAAGAGGAAAGAAGGCUCACAAGAAGUCUAUCAGAAGAUGAGCAAUUGUAAAUUGGGAUGGCUAGGUCUUUUUCUUUGUCUCUUUUAUCCUCUCUUUUCUAACCUUAAAAGAUGGGAUCUCACUAGGAUAUGAUAUUUGAGUGCCAUGCUGUCAAUAGUGUUAUGGUUUUAGAGAUUGACAAUGUAUACACCUCUCAAAGUCUUCCAUUUAGUUUGGAGAGUGAUAUUAUAGGACGCUUUUGAUUUUGUAUGAUCUCUUGCGUGGCAUGCAUUGGUGGAGGCUUCUGAUGAGUGCAACUUAUUGGGACAAUGUAUGAAUUUUGAUAUUGGGAAUGUGCGCUAGAAUGUUUCGUA